UUAGGGCAACAAGACCACUUUAAAUGCACGAAAAACCCUAAGUCAUUUGGUUCCGUCUCCUCAGCUAAAAGACGCCGCUCGUUUAUUCAGACAGUCUCACCUUCUAGGAUUUGUUCAAGAGAGAAGGGGGUUGAAAGAUGAGUCGUGGAAGUGCAGCAGUCGCCAAGGGAAAGAAGAAGGGAGUCUCCUUCUCCAUCGACUGCUCCAAGCCUGUCGAUGACAAGAUCAUGGAGAUUGCUUCCCUCGAGAAGUUCCUUCAGGAGAGGAUCAAAGUCGGUGGCAAAGCCGGUGCGCUCGGUGACUCUGUCACAAUCACCCGUGAGAAGAACAAGAUCACUGUCACUUCUGAUGGCCAGUUCUCCAAGAGGUAUCUCAAGUACUUGACGAAGAAGUACUUGAAGAAGCACAACGUGAGGGAUUGGCUCAGAGUGAUUGCAGCCAACAAGGACCGUAACCUCUACGAGUUGAGGUACUUCAACAUCGCUGAGAACGAGGGAGAGGAAGAAGACUAGAAGAGUUAUUACUUCUGUUUCGUGUUUCUGUUGUUUUGGUUUCUGCUCGUUGCUGCCCAUUACAAUUUAUCUUGGUACUUCUAUUGUUUUUUUGGCAGAUCUUGUUUAGUUUGGUUGAACUUAAACUCUUGUUUCAGACACUUUUGUUUGAGAAAAAAAUUAAACAUCUUUAUUAUCCAA